AUGGAAGAGUUCACUACGUUCGCAAACAUUAUCAAUGGCGGCCCAGCAACUGGAUCAAAUUUUACCCAUGGGAUUGAUCCAUCCACCAAAGAAAAGCUCUGGGAUGUUCCUGCAGCGUCUAUAGAUGACCUAGAGUUAGCCAUAUCAUCUGCCCAAACAGCUUUCAAAAGCUGGUCCAAGACCACGUGGUCACAUCGCCAGGCGUCUCUAACGGCUGCUCGCGAUAUUCUGGUUGAGAACAAGGAAAAGCUUGCAGUCCUUCUUACUAAAGAAGGAGGAAAACCGAUUCAAUUCUCGCACAUGGAGAUCGAGCAUUCCAUCAACUUCAUACAAUUCAAUGCAUCCCAAGAGCCGAUUGAGGAAUCCAUCCUCCAAGAUGACGAUGAACUCACGCUGAGUAUCAAAGAAGAACCACUGGGGGUAGUAGCAGCAAUCUGUCCAUGGAACUACCCUCUGGUCCUUGCAAUAGGAAAGCUCGCAGCAGCUUUAAUUACUGGAAACUGCAUCAUUAUCAAGCCCUCACCUUUCACGCCGUAUUCUAUCCUCAAGGUUGUGGAAUUGUUCCAGACUGUAUUUCCACCAGGCGUUGCACAAGUUCUCAAUGGAGACCAAACACUCGGGCCUGCUCUUUGUACCCAUACUGGUAUCAACAAAAUCACUUUUACCGGUUCUACAGCCACAGGGAAGAAGAUAUCCGAGGUCGCUGGAAAGCUUUUGAAGCCCGUUACCUUGGAGCUAAGUGGCAACAGCGCAAGCAUCGUCUGUGCAGAUGUUGACCCCAAAGUCGUCGCUCCCCAGGUAGCUCUUGGGUCAUUCAUGAACUCGGGACAGUUUUGCGUUGCUAGCAAACGAAUCUUUGUGCAUGAAGAUAUCUACGACGAGUUUCUGAAAGUCAUGGUUGAGACCGUCAAGCAGUGGACUGUGGCCCCAACGUCGACUUUAGAACCGGGUAUAAUGCUAGGCCCUGUCCAGAACCAGAUGCAGUAUGAUAUCGUCAAAGGGUUUUUUGAGGAUGCAAGUCAGAACGGACACAAGUUUGCGCUAGGGUCUCCAUCGGAUGGGAGUCAUGAUGGUUUUGUUAUCAAACCUGCUAUUAUCGACAACCCCCCCGACAAUUCUCUUGUAGUAACAGGAGAAGCUUUUGGCCCCAUUGUUCCCGUACUCAAAUGGAGGGACGAAGCUGAGGUCAUCGAUCGAGCAAACGACACUCCUUCUGGCCUCGGAGGAUCUGUUUGGUCGAGGAACAUUGAUCGUGCCCAACGCAUGGCACGCCAGAUCGAAGCUGGAACUAUUUGGAUCAACAGUUUCGAGAAACCACUUCCCCACGCUUAUCUUUCAGGGCACAAAGAAAGUGGACUCGGCGGUGAAUGGGGUCGCAAAGGAUUGUCGGCUUAUUGCAAGUCGAAGGUUACGCAUCUCUACAAAUCCAAGAUUUAG